AUGCUUUCAAAACCGAGAAUCCUGGCUGUUGGUGUAGUGCUGGUGUCGCUAUGGGUGUUUAUGGGACUGUUACGGAUGCAGAGUUUGGAGUUGGAUUUGGAUGAGCAGGUGGGAUGGGGCAACAACAUGAGGAUAGAGAAUUGGUCAAGGGAGGACUUCAUCACAGAAGCGAUGAGUGCAGCUGUGGAGGAUGAUUUCGACUAUGGAUACAUCGAAGAGAUGUGUGAUGCGCAGGAAUGGGAUGACUCGGUCGUCUUUGAGUGUGAGAAUUUGAUCGGGGGAAUUGGAAACUUGAGGCAGGAGAUACUGCAUUGUAUACGAUAUGCUAUUGAUGCGGGAGCUGGAUUAGUACUUCCCGUGAUCCAUCUUAGAGAAAGCAGCGACUUGAGUAACUUGGAAAGCGGAACCACGUCGAUGGAUUACCUAUUCGACAAGGAACGUUUCCUGUCCCGGAUGGAGAGGGCAUGUCCUCAGAUGAGAGUGUACCAGGACGUCGAAGACCUCAAGAAAGUUGGCACCGUCACCAAGACCGAGCUUAUUGACCCAAAAAAGCUUCCUCAUGCGAUGACUUCGCGCAUUGCAUAUUCGUGCCGAGAGCACAUCAAAGAAAUCAGAGCACCACCUGGACAGAUCAGUUUGAUUCCGCUUGGGAACCUCUGGAGACAUUUCCCCAUAUGCCACGACCCAGUUGGGUUUGCCGACACGUUCGGCAAUCUGAUACCCUUGAGGCAAGACGUCCACCGCCUCGCCGCAACAGCUCUGUAUAAUUUAUACUCACAAUAUGACGUACCAAUCGAUCCCACAACAGCGACGACACACGCCUUCGCAAAAACAUUCAUCGGCAUCCACCUCCGCACCGCCAACGACAUCCUCUCAUACUGGCUCGGCUACGACGACCAAGCAGCUUACUACCUCCAGCGAAUCAAAGCCUCCCCUCACCUCUCCUCCAACUCAUCCCUCCCAGUCCUGUACAUCGCCAGCGGCAACGCCACAUCCGUCACAGCCUUCACGCACGAGCAGGAGGCCUCCCUCAUGCAACCCAAACACGUCAUCACGAAGCACGACCUGCUGUCUAGUCCCGACGACGCCGCUGAGCUGGCGGCACUGACCUGGGACCAGCAGGCGCUGGUCGACUAUCUGAUUCUGAGCAGGAGCGGCUUCUUCAUGGGUAUGGCGGAUAGCUCGUUUGCGUGGACGGUGGCGGUGAGUAGGAGAAAGGGGACGAAGGCCGGGACGUGUGGGUUUCCGAUGGGGUGGUGGAAGGGGAAGGUGUUGGGCGCGGCUUUGAGGGAUGAGUUUUCGGAUUUACUUGGGAGGCAUGGGUAUGGAUGGGAAGAUAAGAUGUGGCCCUAG